CUGAGAACACUGGUAUGGAGGGGGAGAACGCACCUCUUUACUGUAUUUGUCGGAAACCAGACAUCAACUGCUUCAUGAUUGGCUGUGACAACUGUAAUGAGUGGUUCCAUGGCCACUGCAUUAACAUCACUGAGAAAAUAGCGAAGGCAAUCCAGGAAUGGUACUGCAUGAGAUGCAGAGAAGAAAACCCCUUGUUGGAAGUAAAAUACAGAUCAAAGAAAAAUCGUGACAAGGAACCCGACUCUGACAGAGGUGAAAGACAGUACAGCACUCCAAGUACUCCAGACUAUAGAAGUGAAAGGCGGCGUGGAUCCAAAGUAAAGCGUUCAGUGAGGAUGUGCGGGGAAUGCGAGCCUUGCAGGAGGACUGAAGACUGUGCUCAGUGUGAUUUCUGCAAGGACAUGAAGAAGUUUGGAGGCCCCAACAAAAUCAGACAGAAGUGCAGGUUCAGGCAAUGUGAAGUGCGAGCCAGGAAAAUGCUGCGUGUGAAGGAUGAGGAAUUCUCUCUGAGAGAAAGGAGGGACAAUUCCCACCACAGACGGAGGCGGUACUCUGAGGACUACGACAGCGAGGCAGAACUCUACCAGCAGUACAAGACGGCAGGACUGGACGACAGCAUGGCGUGGGCCAGUGAGGACGAAGACGAGGUGCCCUUCAGUCCUGUCAUGCGUAAGAAAGCUAUAAAGGUGAAGCAUGUCAAGAGACGAGAAAAGAAGUUUGAGAAGAAAAAGGAGUCACGUCGCCACAAGCAGAAGCAGAAGCACAAAGACCGAAGCAGGCACAGUGAGAGGGGCGAUUUGCGAGAUAGCGGAGGUCAGCGUCAGUGCCUGGGACCGAACUGUGUGGCGGGAGCAAGACCCAACUCCAAAUACUGCUCUGAGGACUGCGGCAUGAAGUUGGCCGCCAACCGGAUCUAUGAGAUCCUCCCUCAGCGUAUCCAGCAGUGGCAGCAGAGCCCCUGCAUUGCCGAGGAACACGGUAAGAAGCAGCUGGAGCGGAUACGCCGGGAACAGCAGAACGCCCGGCUCCGCCUCACCGAGAUGGAGCGACGCUUCCACGAACUGGAGGGCAUCAUCGCCAAAGCGAAGCAGCAGGCGGUUCAGCAGGACGAGGAGGUAAAUGAAGGCGACAGCGAGGACACAGAUCUGCAGAUCUUCUGCGUGUCUUGCAGUCACCCGAUCAAUCCAAAAGUGGCACUCAGACAUAUGGAGAGAUGCUAUGCAAAGUAUGAGAGCCAGACUUCCUUCGGGUCAAUGUACCCUACAAGGAUAGAAGGCGCAACCAGGCUCUUCUGUGACGUGUACAAUCCACAAAGCAAGACAUAUUGCAAGAGGCUUCAGGUUUUGUGUCCAGAGCAUUCUAGAGAUCCAAAGGUGCCUGUGGAUGAGGUGUGUGGGUGCCCUCUAGUGAAGAAUGUGUUUGAGCCGACAGGAGAAUAUUGCAGAGUCUCCAAAAGAAAGUGCAACAAACAUUACAACUGGGAAAAGCUCAGGAGAGCCGAGGUGGACUUGGAGCGCGUCAGGGUGUGGUACAAGCUGGACGAGCUCUUUGAACAGGAACGUAAUGUCAGGACUGCUAUGACCAACAGAGCUGGUCUCCUCGCUCUGAUGUUGCACCAAACUAUUCAGCACGACCCGUUGACGACCGAUCUCCGUAGCAACAAGGAUAGGUAGUCAGCUCUGCUACUGUUGGAUCUGUGGAUCACUGUAUGUUUGGGAUGCACCGAUUGUGAAAUUUAUGACUUCUUGUGUUUGUUUUUUUUUACAUUUGAUUCCAUAAUGUGUUUCAGGGAAAC